UAUAACACAAUCACUUCUGCCUCAUCAACAACCAGACAUGCGUCCUCCCGUGCUGUUAUUUCUGUUUUGCCUCGGCCUUGCGGUCGCCCAACACAAUCAACCGUAUCCAGUGACAACACCGGUGCCUAUUUUAAAACAAAUAAACAAGCACAACGAGGACGGUAGCUACAGUUACGGCUUCGAGGCUGCGGACGGCUCGUACAAGAUCGAGUCGAAAUAUCCGACCGGCGAGGUUUACGGCAAGUACGGCUUCGUGGACGACACCGGGAACGUACGUGAGAUCGAGUACGGAGCAUCCAGGCGCGGCUUCGAGCCGGUCGGUCCUGGGAUAAACGUGCCCCCGCCGACCUUGACCGGCAACAGCAUCGCCGGUACGAAAGAGCCCGACGACGACGGACAGUACCGGGAGGACCCGUCGGUCUAUCAUACCGAUCCGCGUUUCACCAACGGCGAGCGCUACGACCCGAUGCCUAAGUACAAACAACAGUCGCUCGUCUACAAUCAGCAGUUCGCAUCGGCAUCGCCAGCUUACAGCCAGCCGACGAGGUAUAACGCGCCCGUCAAUUAUCAGCAGGCGGCCGCGAGCCCGCGGUUCCAGCCGGAAUAUCAGCCGCAGUACCGAUCGCAUUAUCAAGGUCAGCAACUACGAUCCGCGUAUCCUUCGCCUGCGAUUCCAGCCGGACCGCAAGGACACGCCGCGACCAAUAUCAACAUGAACGCCGACUUGGCAUCCUACACGGUUAAUUACAAGUGAUGCGAAGAGAGAGAGAGAAAGAGAGAGAGAGAGAGAGAGAGAGAGAGAGAGAGAGAGAGAGAGAGAGAGAGAGAGGAACGAUUUGGAAGGAGAAGGAAGAGAGAGAAGGGGGAAAGCGUGUAUAUAAGGCCACAUUAUUUAUAAGUAUUCCGAGUCGUUGUUGUAAAUGUUCUCUUAAGUGUCGCAUGUUUUACUAAUCAGCGCGGCCGAUGUUUCGACGACGCGCCGCGUUAUCUUACGAUUAAUUAGCAUUAAUUUAGCAAUCACGGCACGACAAUGGUGUCGACUUGCGAUCAAUUUAGAUUAUCCUCGCUCUGUCUUUCAUUUUCCGUUCGAGUUCCCAGUGGAACGAAACUUUCUACCUCUUGUGUUGUCUCUGACUUGUUUCCUCUACCUCUUCCGCUUCGGGAGCUUCUACCUCUCUCUUGUCGAGAAAUUCGAUGUGUAUCGCUUUUCUGUGAUUUACUUUACUUCCGCUUUCUUAGCUCGCUUCAUAUAUCGAUUGCAUUCCCUCGUCCGCACGGAGAGAAAAAUAUUUGGUUGAACGAAAGAACUUUUUGGCGAACGACUCAGAAAUUCCGAUUGAAGUUGUCAGAAUUCAGUCAAGAUUUCUGGUUGACUUAAGAGAAUUCUGGUACUUUCAAUGGAAAUUUCUGAGUUUGCACUUCACCAGGAAAGCGGUCCACUCAAUUACCACAUUCUUUUUCUGCGCGAGAUGCUUUCUCUCACUCGCAGUGUGGACGCGUGGAAUCAACUUGCGCGGCGUCUGCGAUCGCAAAGAGUUCUUGAGUAACUUGGGAGAAGUUCCACCUACGUACUUCAGCGUACGAUAAAGCGCACUUGUGCAUGUGAGAUGCGAGUUUAUCGUGUACAAUGUUGCGCGAGACAGUCCGAGCAAACAGGAUGUAACCGCGAGGUCAACAGAGUUCUCGACGACCCCGCGAAAGUGAUUGAACGACUCGAGUCGACCUUGCGAUGAUGUUGAGAACCGCACAGAACCGAGAAACCUGUCCGGUUUGUGAAGCAAUACUCGGCAACGAAUUCCAGUUGCACGCGCCAGACGCGUGCCCUAUUAAUACAGGCCCCAGAGUGUCCACUUGAUGUGGCUGAAAACGCAGGUAAUCUUUUUCUCUCGCAUAUAAAGAGCGCCGUCGGGCUGUUCUCGACACACCCAAGAAUUUCACCCGCACUCUUAAUCGUUACGUAACGCCUGCAGACACCUACAUAGCUGCUACCUUUCGGCCUUUCGCACGUGCGUAAAAUCAAAAUUCACACGCAGCGACGCAGCGGAUUUCCGGCCGCGAUAUUUUCCAGCCCAUCAAUUGCCGUCUGAGUACUUACGCUCGUCGCAACAAGAAGCUGCAAGGCGGUACGUUAAAUUCAACUUCUUCUGCAAAAGCAGACACGAAUAACGUUACUAUAGUUUCUGCAAGUUUAAUCCGUUGUACUUUCUCUCUCUCUCUCUCUCUCUCUCUCUCUCUCCCUAUCCGUGUACGUACGUGUGCGAUGGAGAUUGUGAGUGCAAGAUUACAGAAUCGUAACCACGUUGACACUCGCAACGUACUCGACGAGAGUUACGUCGGAGAUUACGCGCUUCGGAACAAUACGUAAUGAUAAUGAAGAAAGAAUGAAAUGAGUUCUGUGAUGUAUGAGGAGGGUAAAAUAUGAAAUAAAAGCCACCGUAUAUAAUGCGCACCCUUGCUGACUUUUUCGCUGAGGUAUCGAUUCAAUGACGAUCAAGCAUGUCUCGUGCAUUCACGCGUGGGCACAGCGGAAACUGCCGGCUGUCGUGUCGCCUUCGCGUUCUAACUUCUGGCCUGAUCCUAAACCGCACGCAUAGAGGUUACACGUCGCGCAUACCUGACACGUG